UCAGGGCAGCGAAAUGGAGGCAUCCUUUAGGGUGUAAGGGAAGGAAAUGGGAGCAGGGGGGGUCUGUGGGAGCCCCAUAACCCCGCUCCUUCUCCCCAUAGCGCCGUGGGGCCGGCGGGGCUGGAAGUCGUUCCAUGCUGUGCUGAGGGGGACCCUGCUCUGCUUCCUCAAAGUGGGGGCUGCACCCACGGCCGAGGCCGAGGAGAUGCUGGGCGUCCAUCACGGCCUGGCUGAGCAGGACAGCCAUUACACCAAGCGGCCCCACGUCUUCCGCCUGCACACGGCCGACAGCCGCGUCCUGCUGCUCCAGGCACCGAGCCAUGCAGACAUGUUGGCCUGGAUCUCCCGGCUCAACCUGGCGGCCGCCCUCCUCUCAUCGCCGCCAUUUCCCGCUGCCGUGGGGUCCCAGCGCCGCCUGACGCGGCACAUCCUGCCCGCGGCACCCAGCCACUGCCCCCCCGAGCAGCAGCUGCGCACCCACUUGCAGUGGCUGGAGCGGGCGGAGCUGGAGCUGCUGGAGCUGCAGAGAAACCCCACAGAGAAACGGGGCCGGGGCCGGGACAUGGAGGAGCAGCACCGGGAUCAUCUACAGCACGAGUGCCGGCGCUAUGAGACCUACGUGAGAGUCCUGGAGACGUGGCUGAGCAACGAGCGGGACCUGGAGGGGUGGGAUGGGGGGGGGGUCCCGGCUGAGCCCCCCCCCCUCACACGGGCACAUUCCAGCCCAGCCCUGGGACCCGACACGACGCCCCCCCCGGGACCCCCCCGAGUUAAAAGGAACAUCUCAGAGAGACGCACUGUGCGCAAAGGGGUCCCCAAAAGGAACAGGAACCUGCUGUGAUGGGGGGGGGUCCCGGGACCCCCGAGCUGUGGGAUCCCCCCCCAUUUGCAGCCCCCACUUUGGGGUCCCAAGACCCCCAACCUUCUGGGACCCCCAUGUUGGAGUAUGGGACCCCCCCAUCCCUUUUAGGCCCCCCCUUUUGGGAUUCCCUUUUUGGGACCCCCCCCCAUCAACUUUGGG